AUGGAGGACGACAGAGCGCAGACAAACCUGGGUCCGGCAGCUGAGGACGGCGUGCCUGAAGAGGUUUAUGCUGCACCCAAGCAGCCCAGGCGCCGGUUUGUGGGCAGGAAGGCAGUGGCAGAGGCGGGCAACAAGGCAGCGCCGAACGCCAACAUUGAGGAUUCUUCGGCGAUACAAGUCGCCCAGCCUCGUCGUACCGCCCGCGCGCUGAACUCGUUACCCGACUCUAUCCUCCACGACCCCGACAUCAACGCCGCAAUCGCACUUCUCCCGCCCAACUACAACUUCGAGAUCCAUAAAUGCAUACACCGCAUCCGAUCGUCGGGUGCGAAGAAUAUCGCCCUGCAGUUCCCCGAAGGCCUGCUCCUCUUCGCCACCACAAUAUCCGACAUCCUCACGCGCUUCUGCCCCGACACCACCACGCUGAUCAUGGGCGAUGUCACGUAUGGCGCAUGCUGUAUCGAUGACUUCACCGCGCGGGCGCUGGGAUGCGAUCUGCUCAUCCACUAUGCGCAUAGUUGCUUGAUCCCUGUGGCAGUGACCAAGAUUGCAACGCUAUACAUCUUUGUCGCAAUAGGCAUCGACACGCAGAAUCUUGUGAACACCAUAACACAGAAUUUUCCCACCGGCAAGACGAUAGCGCUGGUCGGGACCAUCCAGUUUAAUGCAACAAUCCACGGCAUCGUCUCGAUUCUGAAGAGAGAAGGCUUCGAAGCCAUCGUCCCACAAAUCGCGCCUCUCUCCAAAGGCGAAAUCCUUGGCUGCACAUCCCCUUCCAUGGCGAUAAUGCACGGUCAGCUCGACGCAAAAGGCAGAGAAGAGCCCGUACCAGAUCUUCUCCUCUACCUAGGCGACGGCCGCUUCCACCUUGAAAGCGCCAUGAUCGCAAACCCCUCCCUCCCCGCCUACCGCUACGACCCUUACUCCCGCCGCCUCACACACGAAACAUACCAGCACACAUCGCUCUACUCCCUCCGCCGCACGGCAAUCAUCACAGCUAGGAAGGCACGCACAUGGGGUAUAAUUCUCGGCAGCCUCGGUCGGCAGGGAAACCCUCACACCCUCACCCUCAUCGAGAACGAGCUCAAGCGGCAAGGUCUCAAAUCCAUUAAUCUCCUCCUCUCCGAGAUAUUCCCGGGCAAGCUCGCGAUGAUGGACGACGUAGAAGCUUGGGUGCAGAUCGCGUGUCCGAGAUUGAGCAUCGAUUGGGGAUACGCAUUUCCGAGGCCGCUGCUGAGCCCGUAUGAGGCGCUUGUUGCGCUGGGUGUGAGAUCAGCGCCAUGGUUAGAGGAAGAGGUUGGUGAGAUGGAAGUGAGAAGAAAUUUGUACCCUAUGGACUUCUAUGCCAGGGAGGGAUUAGGGAGGACGACCGAGGGGCAUGUUAGGGCGGAGGUAGAGAUCAGAGGGUAA